AUGGAUCACCCUCAAGCUCCGUGUGGUGGUGGCUGCCCGCCCUAUGGCUCUGCCUCACAGGGGCCCCCCCAGUGGCCUGGAUCGCCGCAGCAGCCGCAGCAGCAGCCGCAGCCGCAGCAGCAGCUGGCCCCGUCGGGGGCCUCGGUGUGGCCGGGGCAAGCCCCCCCCCAGGCGCCACCGUGUUGGUCCGGACAGCCCAACACACCCUGCUGGAACGGGGGCCAACCCGCGCCGGCUCCUCAACCCACCUUCCCGGGCCCUUACCCGGCCUCUUAUCCGGCGACCUACCCGGCCCCGGGGUACCAACCAGGCUACCCCGGUUCAUACCCGGCCCCCGGGGGCCCUAUGGCCCCUCAGCCGGCGCUCGCCCCCCAGCCCGCCCCGACCCCUGCCUCUGCCCCGGGGCAGCCCUGCCACCCGUGCUGGCCGGGGCCCCAGUACCAGCCCCAGCAGCCCCAGAUGCAGCCCCCCAUGCAGCCCAUGCAGCCCCCGGCCCCCCCACCCGUCCCGGCCCCGGUCUCCACCCCGGUGCCCAACCCGGUCCCGGCCCCCAGUCCGUCCCCCUCUGUGGCGCCGGGGCUCCAGCCCAGCGUGCCGGGGUGGCCCGCCCCCCAGAGCUGGAACCCGGGCUACAACCCCGGGCAGCCCGGCUGGCCCGGCCAGAACCCCUCCAUAAUGCCCCCGCACUGGCCCCUCGCGCCCACAUCAGGACCCCUGAGCGUCCCGUACAACCUGAACCUGUCCCGCGGAAUCUACGACAAGAUGAUGAUAACCAUAAAGGGCCACGUCAAACCCAACGCUAAAAUGUUCACGGUGAACUUCCUCCGAGGCUACGACAUCCCCUUCCACAUCAACCCCCGCUUCAGUGAGGGUGGCAAGCAGGUGCUGGUGCGGAACCACAAGGUGGGCGAGCGCUGGGGCAAGGAGGAGAGGGACCUGAAGGGCCCGUUCCCCUUCGCCCCCGGGAGCUCCUUCGAGAUGAAGAUCCUGUGCACGUUCGAGGCGUUCCGCGUGGCUGUGAACAACAUCGCGCUGUUCGAGUUCACGCACCGCGUGCGCGAGCUCAACCAGAUCGACCGCAUCAACAUCCUGCACGACGUGGUGCUCACCUACGUCAAUGUGGAGACGCUCCCGUAGGACAGCGCUAUGUCACCAUUAUAUAUAUAUGUAUCGAAACAAAUGCAUGUGAGCGUUUUAUAAUUGAGUCUCCCCAGAAGCGCACAGACCGCGCAUGCGCUAACAAAGACGUUCAAGUCAGACGCUAGAAGGGCUGAACAUAUUUAACCGUUAGAUGAUGUUAUCAUCAUAAUAGACUGCCGGAUACUUUAUGAGCUGAGCUCAUUUCAAGAUGUACUGCUGCAAGCUCAUUUCUCUGUGAAAAUAACUAUUAAUUAGGCCUGCUGAGUUUUACAAUUCGACUGUCUAUUCUAACAUUAACAUUUAUAGUGUGUAAUAUUCCCAAACUGCAACAGAUUAGCUCUCAACAAUGGUUUAGGAUAUACUUCCUGAAUAACAUAAUCUAGUGGAAAUGUUGUUUUGAAUGGAAUGUGUGACCUAAUAUAGAAUAGGACAAUAAAUAGAAGUACAUUUAAA